UCCUUUCUAUUUUAUGAUUGGUUGAUAGCAUUUGGAUUGGAAUCAAUGGCAUCUUCUUCUUGGUCUCACCAGCAAAAACAGGAGUUCAAUGCUUUUUCUGCAAUAGAAUUUGACGGCAAAAGGAGGACAGUAUAUGAAUCUUCAAGACUGUAUGAUGUGUUCAUCAACCACAGGGGACCUGAUGUAAAACAAACUUUGGCUACUCAGCUUUACAACUCUCUUGAGCAGUUGGGAAUACGGGCGUUUCUCGAUUCGGAAGAGAAGGAACUUGGUAAUUCCAUUCUUUCUACUAUUGAGACUGCCAUCCGCUCUGCUAAGGUACACAUUGCCAUCUUUUCCAAAAGAUAUGCAGAGUCAGCUUGGUGCUUGGCGGAGCUGGUUCUCAUGUCUGAAAGUAAGGCCAAAAUUAUUCCCGUGUUUUAUGAAGUGAAACCUUCAGAUCUCCGCCGCAUAGAAACGGGAGUAUACGCUGAAGCAUUCAUUAAAUACGAAGAGAAGGGCAGGUACCUGGAGAAGCUUAGGGAGUGGAAGGAAACCCUUCAUUCUGUUUCAUUUAUUGCUGGGGAAGAAUUUAAUGGUGACUGUGAAAACAUAGUAGCAACAGUGCAGAAGGAAGUACAAAGGAAAAACUCUUUACAUGUUGCCACACAUCCAGUAGGGCUUAAUAAUCUUGCAGAAGAUUUUGAAAGGAGAUGCCUUGAUGAACUUGUACAAGAUUUUGAAAACCAGUGCAGACUUGAAGAAGGGAAUUAUAACUCUAAGAUAGUUGGCAUAUUUGGUAUGGGUGGAUCAGGAAAGACGACUCUUGCAAAAGAAUUGUUUAAUCGAAAGAUUUCAGAUUAUUCAAGAGCAAGCUUUUUGUUUGAUGUGCGAGAGGCGUCUAUGAGAAGCCAAUUACCUUCUUUGCAAUGCAAGCUUCUCAAGGAUCUCUUCCAAUAUCAUAAUCUCAGUUUUACGAGUACAGAGGAAGGAGUAAACUAUCUGAAAGAUAGUUUUGAGAGGAGUCCUUAUUUAAGCUUACUGAUUGUUGUAGAUGACAUCGAUCAUGUAGAACAAUUAAAUGCUCUACCAGUAAUGGAUAUACUAAAUAAAUCUGGCAAUAGUCUUGUUAUUGUCACAACCCGUGAUGUUGGGGUGCUUACAAGUGCAGGGAUUAAAGUCAGUUAUAAUUUAAAGGCUAUGGGUAGAAAUAACGGGAGAGAACUCUUCUGCUGGCAUGCCUUUGGCCAACCCCAUCCAUUUAGUGGGUACGAGAAUCUGGUUGACUCCUUUGUAGACUUGUGUGGAGGGUUGCCUCUGUCUCUUCAAGUUUUGGGCAGGCACGUUCAUGGUAGAAAUGAGGAUUAUUGGAGCUUAGAAUUGACUAAAGUUAGUAAGAUGCUGCCUCGGGACAUAAAGGAAAGGCUCAAAAUAAGUUUUGAUGCAUUGGAUGCUGAAGAAAAACAAAUUUUCAUGGAUAUUGCUUGUUUUUUUAUAGGCAAAUCGAAAAAUAUAGCCGAAAAUAUAUGGGAGGGAUCAGGAUUGAAUGCUAAGCAUGCACUAGGAACACUCAAAGAUAAGUGUCUUCUAGAAGAAAUAGAAUGUAAUAACACAUUUAGAAUGCAUGACCACCUGAGAGACUUGGGAAGAGAAAUAGCACAUGAGCUCAGGCCUCCUCAUCGCCUAUGGCGUACUCAAGAUCUGAAAUCUUUGGAAUCAAUGGGUUUCAAAACCAUACUUGGCAAAACCAAUAUCAGGUGUUUCCAUUCCAUUUUUGACGAAUCCAUGGGUUCUCAAGUUACGUUCUUUUUAGGUCAACCAGAUACUUGCCUUGAGACGUCGGCUUCCUUACUAUGGCUCCAGCUUGAGGGCAAUUCUGGAGAACAACCAUGCAUCCCUUCAUGGAUUCCUGUUCAAAAUUUGCAGGGUUUGAAAAUCAAAAGCGGACAACUCAAAACGUUGUGGGAGAACCGUAUACAGGCACCCUGUCAGUUGAAAGAGCUGCAAAUUUCUGAAACCUCCUUGGAAGAGUUUCCAGAUUUAUUUGGCAUAUCAAAAGAUAAUUUAAAAAAUGGAGGAAAUUCCAGUACUGUUCAGACCCAUAUGGCUGGCCUUGAAAAGCUAGAGUUAGAGAUGAGCGGAGAAAAAUUUGUAUCCAAUGUAUUGAUUAGUGGAUUUCAUUAUCCCAGCCUUAAGUCAAUUAAGUUUCAUGGCAUGGAAAAUCUUAUGGAAGUGAAUUUAAGGAGGGUAGAGACACUAGAUAGUCUUGAUAUUGCAAAUUGUAAAAAACUGAAAAGAUUGACAGGAACAUCUGAUCUUACAAAUCUUGUCCUGUUAAACAUUAGUCAAUGCCCAGAUCUUGAGUUUGACGACUUGCUUCUCAGGGGUAUGAAGUGUCUGGAGAGCAUAACAUUUGAUAGAAAUGUAAAGUUGAAAUAUUUUGAGUUGGAUGGUUGUGAAAAUUUGAAAAGAGUUGAUUUCGGUUGUGAAGAGCUUGUAGUAUUAAACAUUCGGAACUGUCCAGAGCUUGUGGAAUUGCCAUAUUUUGAAGGUUCAACUAGUCUCGAGAGGAUUAUAAUUGAUGGAUGUGGGAUCCAGGAUCUUCGAUUUUAUGGAUGCCAAAAUUUGAGAAGUGUAUCAGGUAACUUUGAGCUGAAAAAGUUGUACAUUAAUAGUUGUCCUCAGCUUGAAGAGUUUCCAGGUUUUGCCAGACUGACCUUCUUGGAGGAGUUUGAGAUAGAUUCUUGUGAGAAGCUGCAGAUUAUAUCAGGUGUUGAAGAGUUGCUUGCAUUACAAUGGAUGAAUCUUAGUUAUUGCAGCAAUGCAGUAAUACGGAAUUACAUUAAUAAGUUGAAGAGUAUACCGUCAAGUUUUACGUGUGUGAUUGGAAGAGCAGCAGAUGGAGCGGAGUCAAGUUUAAACGAAGAUAUAUUUUCUCAGGUUGAUAUUAGUGUCCAUGCAAUUACUGGCAUUGUAGCUGAAUUCGCUAUCGAAACCAGUGAUGAUGAGGGCUGUGAUGAGGAGGUCAGUGAUGAUGAAGGCUGUGAUGAUGAGGAGAGUGAUGAUGAGGUCUGUGAUGAUGAGAGUGUGCCAAUGUUUCGAAGAGCAGCCGAUGGAGUAGAGUCAAGUUUAAAUGAAUACCAGUUUUCUGACUCUGAUGUAGUGACUGAGUUUCUUCCUCAAAUUGGCACACAAAAAAGUGAUGACGAGUUGGAAAAAUUGCAAGGAUUGAGGGCAGCAGUUAUUGUAUGUUUUCUGGUUGUAGUUGAAGGCGAUGAUGAGUAUGACUAUGACGAUGACGACGACUGUCGCUUCAAGGUCCGUGAAGGAGAAUGGAUCAUUACAAUGGUUGGAUGUGAUUACUGGAAUUGCUUUCAUUUCAAGAGAAUUGAACAUGUGUUAAGGAGGUAUAGAAUACUGAAGAAGGGGUUUAGGGUAGAGGUGAUGAAAGGUGAAGAGUGGAAAAUUGUAAGAGUGUUACAUACAAUUGUUGAUAGACUACAUCAUUUAUGAAUUGAU